AUGGCCGACGUGCUGGAGAGCGGCGGCGGCGGGUCCGGAGAUGUGAGAGUGGCCAGCGUGGAUUGGCAGAAACGCUGCAUCGCUCUGGAGAUGCAGCUGCUGAGGUUCCGGCUCCAGGCCGGGAAAAUCCGAGAGCUGCUGGCAGAGAAAAUGCAGGAGCUGGAGCAGAGAGUGACCGAGGCGGACCAGCGGGCUGAGAGUGCUGAGAAACAGAUCCACGUCAUGGAAGAAAAGCUGAAGUCUGCAAACAUACAAACCAGCGAAACGGAGAGCUCGCUGUACAGAAGGUAUCAAGAGCUGACCAAUCGGGUUCAAGAAAAAGAUGCUGUGAUAAAGAGAUUAGAGGUGCAGCUGGACAAACAGAUCUUAGUCAGAGCCCAGGAGGCAAAAAUCAUUGAGGAGAAGGCAGCCAAGAUUAAAGACUGGGUCACCUUUAAGCUUAAAGAGAUGGAGCAAGAGAACCAGCAGCUGAAAAUGGCCAACCUGAAGCAGACAGAACAGAUAAUGUUGCUGCAGGACAAACUACAAGCUCUCUUAGAGAAACCUUCGUCCUCUGGAUCUCCUGCCACCUCCCCUGUAAUGGAUACACACCUGGUGCCCAGCAGUCCGCUGUUUCCUCCCAGCUGCCCCGGCACUCCACCUGCCCAAGAUGACAGCUGGAGACAGGCAGGUCCCAGAGGGCCCGCCUCUAAUACCAAGACCUCGCAGACAGAUGUGAAAAGGACUCCUGAACUGUCCAGUAAGGGAAUUUGUCUCGGUGACCUUGGGGGUCCCAGCAGCCCUGUUUCCAUAAGUGGACCAGAGCUCCCAGUGGGCCCAGAUGGUCAGUCAGGGUGCUCUGACAGAGACAACUCCUCCGAUGAGCUCAGCAGCAAGUUCCGCUCUCAGUGCCUUCACUCGUCCUCUUCCUCUUCUUCCUCAUCCUCCGCUUACGAGAUGGCCCAUGGGCCGAGCUCCUUGGAGUCGUCCCUGAGGAUAACGCCCAAAAGCCCUCUCCUGUCGCGUUCCCCCUCCACCAACAACCCCUUCCCCAACCCUCCGGUCCACCAGUCGGGCGCCAGCAUGACGCUCCCCAAAGUACGGACUCCGCUCACCCCCAGAGACAGCAUCCAGCUGGUCAAGAAGCAUUACAGCCAGCCGCAGCCCAGCCUGGACCGACUGCACCACCUCAACGUUAACAUAGACAUCAUGAGCCCUUCCUCCACUUCCUCCACCCUCAAGAGCACAGGCGGCGCCACCUCGCCCUUCUCGCAGGUCGUGGAAGAAACAGACAUCGACGAUGGGCUUCCCGACAGCAUGGACGGCGUGGUGGAGGGGUCGGGGUCGGAGGAGCCGUGUAGGAAUGGAGUCUCCUUUGUGGGACUCCCAGAAGAACAGGAGCAGCUGGAUCCACCACCAACGCCCCCAUUACACCGCUUCCCUUCAUGGGAGAGUCGGAUCUAUGCUGUGGCAAAGUCAGGAAUGAGAGUAUCAGAGGCCGGCCCUGGAGCCAGGGGCCCCGGACGAGGGUCCAAUUUACCCCAAUACCCAGCGGCAGGUCCGUUCACCCAGCUGAUCUAUAAGAAUAUCAAUGUACCAGUCUAUACAACACUGAAAGGGAAAGCCACUCAGAUCAGCAGUGUUCCUCUUCCUGAUGACGACUCUGGGUCUGAGGACGACAGCGGCUCUCUGGCCAGUUUACGGACCUCCAUCCUGUUCCCGGACAAGAAGGGCAGCGUCCCGGGGAGCCCGCGGGCCGUCAAGAGAGGUGUGUCCAUGUCCUCCAUCAGCUCAGAGAGUGAUUAUGCCAUUCCUCCUGACGCCUACUCCCUGGACAGCGACUACUCCGAACCGGAACAUAAAGUCCAGCGAACCUCCUCCUAUUCCUGUGAGAGCGUCGGGCCUGAGAUGCUGGAGAAGUCCGGGUACCUGCUGAAGAUGGGCAGUCAGGUGAAAGCCUGGAAACGCCGCUGGUUCAUCCUGAGGAAUGGAGAGAUCCUCUACUACAAAUCUCCUAGUGACGUGAUCAGGAAACCCCAGGGUCAGAUUGAGCUGAACUCGUCCUGCCGUAUAGUUCGUGGAGAGGGAGCGCAGACAUUUCAACUGAUUACAGAGAAGAAGACCUUCUAUCUGACCGCCGACUCACCCAACAUCCUGGAGGAGUGGAUCAGGGUUCUGCAGAACAUACUCAAAGUCCAGGCCAGCAGCCCGGUUACAGUGGAGACCGCCGCCAAGCCCACCGUGAGGGGUUGGCUUACAAAGGUCAAACAUGGACACUCUAAGCUGGUGUGGUGUUCCCUGGUUGGAAAAGUCUUCUACUACUAUCGUAAUCAGGAAGACAAGUUGGCUCUGGGUCAGCUGCAGAUGCGGGAGGCCUCGGUACAGGAAGUGGAUCGCUCCUGUGAUUCAGAUGAGGACUACGAGGCAGGCAGUCGAGGCUUCCUCUCCUCACACUGCACCUUGGUGGUCCAACCAAGAGAGCAGAGUCCUACUUACAUGCUCAUUGGCACCAAGCAGGAGAAGGAUACGUGGCUGUAUCACCUGACUGUGGCAGCGGGCAGCUGUGCGAACUUCAAAGUGGGCACAGAGUACGAGCAGCUCAUUGGUAAACUCCUCGACACAGAGGGAGACCCAGAAUCUGCCUUGUGGAGGAGCGAGGCCUUGAGCUUCUGUAAGGAGGGUCUGCGUUCUCCUCUCACUACUCUGCCCUCUGAAGCUCUGCAGACAGAAGCUCUCAAGCUUUUCAAGUCCUGUCAGCUCUUCAUCAACGUGCUGGCCGAGUCUCCGUCUGUCGACUACCACACCUCGCUGGCCCAGAGUGCAUUGCAAGUGUGCCUGACCCACCCGGAGCUGCAGAACGAGGUGUACUGUCAGCUGAUCAAGCAGACCAACCGCCGGACGCCACACAACUACUCCCUCACACAGUGCUGGCAGCUGUUGUCUCUGUGCGUGGCUCUGUUCCUUCCUCAACAACAUUUCCUUUGGUACCUGAAACAGUACCUGCAACGCAACGCUGACCCGAGGAGUGAGGUGGGGAAGUAUGCCGUGUACUGUCAGAGGUCCGUGGAGCGAACGCUGCAGAACGGAGAGCGGGAGGCCAAACCUUCCCGUAUGGAGAUCGUCUCCAUCCUGCUGAGGAACCCCUACCACCACUCACUGCCGUUCAGCAUCCCAGUCCACUUCAUGAACAACACCUACCAGGUGGUGGGUUUUGACGGCUCCACCACAGUGGAAGAGUUCCUCAAUACGCUGAAUCAGAGGAUCGUCGUGAGGAAGCCUCAGCUGUCUGGGUUUGCACUCUUCACUGAUGAUCCGUCUGGGAAAGACCUGGAGCACUGCCUGCAGCCGUCUGCCAAGAUCUGUGAUGUCAUUUCCAAGUGGGAGCAGGCCCUAAAGGAGCUGCAUCCUGGGAAAAAUGAGGGGACACGGAUAGUGCGUCUGACAUACAAAAGCAGGUUGUGUUUCAGAUCUCAGGUGAAAGGAGAGACGGACCGAGAGCGCCUCCUGCUGGCGUACCAGCUGAAUGAUGAAGUUCAGCAAGGCCACUUCCCUGUGAACAAAGAGCUGGCUCUGGAGGUGGCCGCCCUUUUGGCCCAGGUUGAACAUGGUGACUUGGAGAGACCAGCGGCCUCCUCUCCUGCUGGCUCUCCUCAGCCUAAAUCUCAGCUGAUUCUCCUGCAGGCCUUAGAGCGCUUCUACCCCAAACGCUACAAACAGGACUGCAGCUCAGAGCAGCUCAGAGAUCUUACUGAGCGUCUGGCCACUAAGUGGUCUAUGCUACGUGGGUGCAGUGCACCCGAGUGUGUGAGAAUAUACCUAACUGUGGCUCGCAAAUGGCCCCUAUAUGGAGCCAAACUCUUCAGUGCAAAGCCGCUGCCCCCCUCUCCUGUUGAGCAGAGCCAGGUGUGGCUGGCAGUCAAUGAAGAUGGAUUGUGUGUGCUGGACUAUACAAUGCACACGCUGGUCACCCUCUCCUACCAGUCUGUGAUUACCUUCGGUGGCUGCCGUGACGAUUUUAUGGUGGUGACAAGCCAGCAGAGGGAGCCUGGAGUCGGGAAGAAGAGCGUGGAGAAGCUGGUCUUUGUGAUGUCUAAACCAAAGAUUCUGGAGCUGACUCUGCUCAUGGCCAGCUACAUCAACCACUGGAACCCCAGCCUCCCGUCGGCCUCGCCGCAGCCCCUCGGACACUGGGACGUAGACAGCAAACACUUCCCCGCCAUGAACUACACCACCAAGGGCCCCACACUACUGUGAACUGUGCAAGAAACACCACCGUUUAACGGCAGGGAGGCCUGAUGACAGACGUCACCUUCAGUCCGCUUUCAUAUGGAGUGCGUUGGGUUGCAUGUCCGGGUUUUACAUUUUUUACGCAACAUGUACAAGGAGAUUCUUUUUUCUUUUUUCUUUUUUUAUGAAGAUUUAGAUUUAGAAAUGUCAGGAUAAGUCUUGUUAGACUAUUUAUUUCUACAACAAAAGAGUGUUUCAACUCUGCGCUAUUUAGAUUCAAGGUUUGAAUUCCUUGUUGGAAUUAUCUUUUGAAAUACAGAAGUGGUCUGAGGACACUUUUACUACCUGCAGUGGGAUCCUUUUAGUCGCCGGCCGCUGCUCAGAUGUUUGCCUACAUUCUAACAUUCAUGUUUUCCAGUUUUUCAGACCUCUUUUCUGUCAUAAUCCUUCUGAGAGCUAGUUUGACUGGAAUACAUUGUUGUGUGUCGCUGUCUUUUUUUACCAUGAUUGAUCACUCGUACUUUACAAUGAACCAGCGUUUAAAUUCCUUCACCAGGUACUGUAAAGUACAAAGGGACUGGUAUGUCAUGUGAUACUUUUUAAGCAUCUUAAUUUGAUAUAAUCUAAUAUUACCCUCAUUUAGAGCUGCAAUGAACAAUUAUUUUCUUUAUAGAUCAAUCUGAUGAUCAUUUUCUCAAGUUAUUGAUGAAUUACUAGGUCCAUAAAUAAUAAAUAAAGAAUUUGUAUAAAUAAGUCCAAAACCCCAAAAUAUUAAAUAUAGUGUGAGGAACUUUUUAACUGGUUAUGAAACUGUCUCAAUUUAAUACUGAUGCCUCUAUAUCACGAGAAAACUGGAAUCUGUUCAUCGGAAACACUACCACUUUUGUCCACAAGGAGCGCCAAAAUCCACGCUAAAUGAAAGUUCCUUGUGGCAGCUUUAAGUUUAAUAUCAUAGAAGCUUUUAAAAAGAGAGCAAAUAUUAGCAUUUGAGCAGCUGGAACCACUAAAUUGUUCUUAAAAAGUGACUUAAAUGUUGAGUCGAUUAUUAAAAAAGAUGCAGAAUAAUUUUCUGUCUGUGAACUUAUCAAUUAACCAACUAAUCUUUUCAACUCUACCCUGAUAAAAUUUGGUUUUCCUUAUAAAAAAAAAGGGUGCAGGAAAGUUUUAACCCCCAUAGAAAUUUAAGUCAUUUUUGUAAUCUUUUCUAUUGUUUUUUAAAGAUAUUAAUAUUUAGAGCAGGCCAAAUAAAAGUGAAGUAUGUGAUCUGCUAUCGAUGUGAUGUUACUGAGGUACACAAUAACACAAUGUGGUAUGAAAGGUGUAUAACAGUGAUUUAUUUUAUGUUUAAUGCUUCUGUGAAAGUUAAGCAGUGCAACGUGUUCCUGUGUUCAUUUGGCUGAUGGUCAUCUAACAACAUAUUAGACAUACAGCGUUUCAUAAUCAGGUCAUUCAGUGUUUUAAUAAUCAACAAACAAAAGGAGAGAGGACAAAUUCAAUGAAAAAGACUUGAACUGUUUUGGAUCAAACCACUGUCUCGCUUGUGUCCGUAUUAGUUAUUUAUUUUUACUCCCUAAAUUUUUCUGCUUUAGCUUAAGAAGGUAAAGUUUUCCACAACUGUUAGGUUUUAUUGGAAAACUUACAGUUUCCUUUAUAUAGCAGAGUAAUUUAAGAGCAGAGUAUGUUUGUUUAUCUGUACUAGAAUGUGUUUGAAAGACGUCGUCUUUAUGUUUGUUUGUGUGAUAACAGAAUAAACGGUACA